UUGUCGGCUUAGCAGACGUCAGAUAGGCGCUGCCGUUGGAUGUGUGAGGUUCUUGUUUGCAGUGUGGAAACAGUUAUCUACUUAAUACUUGAAUUCGCGAUAGAAGGUGAGACAACAUGGGUUCAACAGAUGAAACACUUUUUUCCCAAGUGGCGGAUCCAGUUACAUCUUCUGGAAAUAAAGUGACUGUUGUAGGAGUUGGUCAAGUAGGGAUGGCCUGUGCAUUUAGUAUCCUUACACAGAAUAUUGCAAGCGAACUAGUUCUCGUUGAUGUUGUUGCUGACAAGUUGAAGGGUGAAAUGAUGGAUCUGCAGCAUGGACUGACUUUCAUGAAGCAUGCAAAAGUAAAUGCAAGUACUGAUUAUGCAGCAACAGCCAAUUCUAGGCUGUGCAUUGUGACAGCUGGUGCACGUCAGAAGGAAGGAGAAUCUCGACUGGAUCUGGUUCAAAGGAACACAGACAUUUUUAAGGGCAUUAUCCCACAACUUGUCAAAUACAGCCCUAAUACCAUUCUGCUUAUUGUCAGCAAUCCAGUGGAUAUCCUAACAUAUGUUGCAUGGAAACUCAGUGGGUUACAAAAGAACCGUGUCAUUGGUUCAGGCACCAACUUGGACUCAUCAAGACUUCGGUUCUUAAUGUCUCAACGUCUUAACCUGUCUCCCACGAAUUGUCAUGGUUGGAUUAUUGGAGAGCAUGGAGAUUCAAGUGUUGCUGUGUGGUCUGGAGUAAAUGUGGCUGGUGUACGUCUCCGUGAUAUUAAUCCAGCCCUGGGAAGUGGAAAUGACAAAGAAAAUUGGGAAGAUAUGCACAGGCAGGUGGUGCAAAGUGCAUAUGAAGUGAUUAAGCUGAAAGGCUACACCUCAUGGGCCAUUGGACUUAGUGUGGCGGCACUGGCCCAGUCAAUACUUCGCAAUGGCUUUAAUGUCCAUGCAGUGUCGACACUAGUCAAUGGUCAACACGGCAUUGAUAAAGAUGUCUUUCUCUCACUUCCUUGUGUUCUGAGUGAGAAUGGUGUUACUCACAUUGUGAAACAGCCAUUAACUGAUGAGGAAAAGAAGAUGCUACACAAAUCUGCUGACCUUAUUGCAGAAGUUCAGUCCAGACUCAUAAUAUAAUUUCUCAUGGUCUGGACGGAAAGUCUGUUUAACGUAUUUAUGCUUUUAUUUAUUUUGUUUAGUGAAUUUUUAUAGCUAAGUAG